UGAUUCUGAUUGGUUUAUAAAGAAUCAUUAUCAGCCAUGUUGAAGUGAGAUCACUACUGGAGAGCACGUCUUUGGCAGUACCGGCAGUACCAGCAGUACUUAAUCAGUCGAAUCAGUCUAAUUUGCCACAGUAGGAGGUGAAGACGAUUGCAAAUACCAGCAUAUAGAACUUCAUAAUUUCUUCAAAAACGUGAAAACACCUUAUCUUGAAAAGAUGCCUACCUACAAGGUCACUUAUUUUCCUGUUAAGGCUCUGGGUGAGCCUAUUCGUUUCCUUUUGAGCUAUGGUGGUGUCGAGUUUAUUGAUGACCGUUUUGAUAGAGCGAAUUGGCCUGCUUUGAAACCUACUAUGCCAUUUGGCCAAGUACCGGUGCUAGAAGUUGAUGGUAAAAAGAUUAAUCAAUCUAUGGCCAUUUGUCGGUAUCUUGCUAAGCAGUUUGGUUUGACUGGCAAAGAUGACUGGCAGAAUUUAGAAAUUGAUGUAGCCGUUGAUAACAUUAAUGAUCUUCGAACAAGACUUGGAGCUGCUCACUAUGAAGCGAAUGAAGAAGCUAAAAAAGAAAAACGCAAGGUCGCUGACGAACUGGUUCCAUUUUAUCUGGAGCGUCUUGACGCUCAGGUGAAGAAAAAUGGCGGAUAUUUCGUCGGAGGUUCCCUCACUUGGGCUGACAUCUAUUUUGUUGCAAUUCUGGAUUAUUUAAAUUUCAUGGCCACAUACGACUUGGUUGAGAAGUACCCAAACCUUAAACAGUUGAAGGAUAAAGUUUUGGCGAUUCCAAGCAUCAAGGCGUGGGUGGAUAAGCGUCCCGAUUCUGAAUGUUGAACAAAAGAAUAUCACAUUUCAUUGAAUAAUUUUUUUUGUGAUUUAUGAUGCUAGAACAUAGAACUUUAUUUCUUAUAAUAGCUUACAAAUGCUUUGCUAAAAGCACGAACAAAAAAUGAUGUAUUCUCACACGUUAUUCUACAUUGUGUAACAAUUGGAAUAUAAGUGCUAUAGUUGUAAGUAUUAUUAAACAAUGAAUUCCAAAAUUUAUAUUUUAAUAAAUAAUACACUGCUCA